UCGUCAUCGUCGUCGUCGUCGUCUGAUAUUUGACUUCGUGUGGUUGACUCCCAACCAGUUUAUUAGCGAUUUCUCAUUUAGUCGUACUCGAACGGCCGGCCAGAGUGCUACACGAAGAUCUAGAAAUGACCGACGAACGGACGCCUUUAACUUCUGGUCCACCGCCACUGUUGGAUUCGGAGUCUCCAUCCUACAUCCAUCACCUCAAGGGUCACGAAACGUACCGCGAACGGCAGGUGAAAACCUUCCAGUGCUGGGUUUGUACCGCCAUCUUGAGUGCCUUCAUCAUUGGAAUCGUCAUCAGCCUCAGUUAUAUUAUUUUGGGUGACACAAAGCAAGGACCGUCCAACAGCACAAACGUUACGGAUACAGCGAACUUCCCGGAUUUGCUUAAUCUGAUUAGCUUUCCUUUAGCCGAUGAACCCAUUCCGGUGUGGGACGCACCAAAUAUAACCGACCAAGAUGCAGCCGACGCCAUUGCUGAGGGCGAAAAAGCCCUUGGUGAUAAGGAACUGCUGGAAGAGGCAUUGACGGCACCUCCGGUACAGUCGGCCACUUUCCGGCAUCAGAGAGCUGUCAGUACCACUUUAGCUGCCCGGUUGGCCUCCAAGGUUGGGUAUGUGGAGAACAAAGCUACGAAGGCGAUCGCUAAGAAGCAUAAUGUGAACAAACGCCACCGGCGUUGGAGUAUCGGUAAGGGUCCUGCCAUCAGCGUACCUCACCAGAACGGUACACAGCAGUGCGAUUUCAACGCCAAAUAUAGGAUUAACAAUGGGACAUGCAAUAAUAAGAAGAAUCCUCACUCUUACGGAGUAGCCUUGAUCCCGUUCCGUCGUCAACUGACUCCGGACUACGGCGAUGGAGUGUCCAGUCCACGUGAAUCCGUAGAUGCAAAGGAGCUGCCCAGCGCACGACAGGUUUCGUUGGAUAUUCACCGCCCAUCGUACCAUAGUGAUCCUAAUUUUUCCGUCAUGCUCGCUGUUUGGGGUCAGUUCCUGGAUCACGACAUAACAUCUACGGCGUUGAACCAGGGAGUAGGCGGUAAGGCCAUUGAAUGCUGCGAUCCGGGUCAACCUCAACAUCCGGAAUGCUACCCGGUUCCGUUGGGUCCAGGCGACCCAUACUACAACGAAUAUAAUGUCACCUGCAUGAACUUUGUCCGCUCGAUCCCGGCUCCGACGGGACACUUCGGACCUCGUCAACAGCUGAAUCAGGCUACGGCGUACAUCGAUGGUUCCGUAGUGUACGGAUCGGAUGACGUCAAAGUGAAGCGACUGCGCACGGGCAAGGAUGGUAAACUACGAAUGUUUACUACCCCGGACAACCGGGAGUUGCUCCCCAUAUCAACUGACCCUAGCGAUGGUUGCAACGAGGACGCAAUGAAUGCAGCAGGCAAGUAUUGCUUCGAAUCGGGUGAUGAACGAGCUAACGAAAACCUUCACCUGACGUCGAUGCACUUGAUCUGGGCGAGGCAUCACAACAACCUGACUGGAGAACUGCAGAAGAUCAACCCGGACUGGGAUGACGAACGGCUGUUCCAGGAAGGUCGGCGAAUUCUAGCAGCGCAAAUGCAGCACAUCACCUACAGAGAGUUCGUUCCGGUGAUCAUAGGCGAGAACAUUAGUGAGCAGAUGGAACUGACGCCGAAUCCGGAUAAUGACCGGGAUACGUAUAAUGUAUCGGUUGAUCCUUCGAUUGCAAACGUAUUUGCUGCGUCGGCCUUUCGCUUUGCGCAUACACUGCUGCCGGGUCUCAUGAAGCAGACUCACGAUCCGACAUCGUCCCCAUCAGGAAUCGAACUGCACAAGAUGUUGUUUAACCCGUACUCCUUGUACGGCAAGACGGGUCUGGAUGACGCGAUCGGUGGAGCCAUGAGUACACCGCUGGGAAAGUACGAUCAGUACUUCACCACCGAGUUGACGGAGCACCUGUUCGAGAAAGCUCAUGAUCUACUACAUGAUCGCCCUUGUGGACUGGAUUUGGUGUCGUUAAACAUUCAACGAGGUCGGGACCAUGGUCUUCCAUCGUAUCCACACUGGCGACGGCACUGCCGUUUGCCACCGGUGGACACCUGGGAACAACUGGCUCAGGCCGUUGACCCGAGUUCGUACGACCAAAUGCGAAAGAUGUACCGUGAACCGGAAAAUGUAGAUGUAUACUCCGGUGCUCUAAGCGAACCACCCGUCCAGGGAGGUAUUGUUGGACCUCUGAUCACUUGUCUGCUGGCGGAUCAAUUCCUCCGUAUUAAGCAGGGCGAUUCCUUCUGGUAUGAACGUAGGAGGGGACCUCAGCGAUUCACCAGAGACCAAUUGCUGCAGAUUUAUAACACUCGUCUGUCGAGCAUCAUCUGCCGCAAUUCGGAUGCCAUCACCCAGUCACCGGUCUACCUGAUGCGGAAGGUGAACCGCGAUGACAAUCCGGAGCUGCCGUGUUCGCUGUUGGACACAUUCGACUUUGGAGUGUUUCGUGAUAAGAAAGGCGCUGACUCGCGGCGGGUGAAACUGGCGACGUCACAGGUCGGUGUUAUGGUUGUGCAAUCCACCCCGGCAGAUCCAGUAGUGGAUGGGAAUCGAACAGAUACGAGCGAAGCAAUGACGGUGACGACGAUGACGACUGCGUCGUCGACAUCGAAUUCGACAACUACUGCGUCGUCAACAUCGACGGCAGCGCCGACUUCGACAGCUACUCAAAAAACUAUAGUAUGAUGUGAGUGAUACAUCAGGGAGUAGGAGUAGAAGCUAGUGUUGGAUACUUGCUUUAGGUUUGAAAUUUGGUGUCAGCAAUAAUGAAUUUGUAGCAGCAAUUACAUUUGUAACGGGAAGCUGAGGGUAGAAUGUAUCUCUGGGAGAAAAUGGUCUUUAGUAGUUAACACAGCUUUGUGACAGGCUAUUUGUAUCAUAAA